CUUCCGACUCAGUUAUCUCAAAAGGCUAUCUUUGGAAGAAAUACUCACACAAUCUUGGUGAAGAUUUCCCUUUCUUUUAUUGAAGAAUCUUUACCACGUCUCUUUUCGCGUUCAUUUUGUUUGCCACUGGGGCUUGAGGAGCCAAACAGGAGUAGGAACAAGCUUCUUCUGACUUGUUCUUUAAUUAUAACAUUUGUGAUUCCCCCUGAAUUGCCAAUGGAGUUGUCAAUAGCUGUUAAUACCUCAUUGAUUGCACUAGCAAGACAUGGUAUAUUUUGUACAAAGCCUUUUUCGUAUACCAUUUGCUCGGAAGUUGAUAUAUGUUGUUUUGACAAGACGGGAACAUUGACAUCUGAUGACAUGGUAUUUACAAUUCUGCCAUUCAUGGUAAAAAAUUUGUUUCCAGUCUCCCAUUUUUUUUUGCAUUUUUUUUUUCAGGAAUUCUCUGGAGUUGGUGGACUGAGUGCCGAUUUAGAUCUGGAAACAGACACUAAAAAAAUCCGAACUCGAACUUUGGAAAUUCUUCUUUUUGUGCACAACAAACUGGUUGGUGAUCCUCUUGAGAAGGUUGCAAUCAAAGGGAUAGAAUGGAGCUAUCAAUCUGAUGAGAAAGCCAUGCCUAAGAAUGGUUCAAAUAGUUCAAAGGCAUCACUUUGCAUCCCACUUGAAAAGAAUGACAGUUGUUAUUCGUACAGAAGAGCAGUUUUAUGCGUUUGUGAAGGGUGCACCAGAGACCAUUCAAGAAAGAUUAAAUGAUAUACCGUCGUUUUAUAUAAACACCUACAAGAGGUACACACAACAUAUAAACCCCUUCCUGAUAUGACUGUAAGUGAAGCUAGAAACUUGGACAGGGAAGUAGUGGAAAUCAGGCUCACUUUUGCUGGUUUUGUGGUAUUUAAUUGCCCUAUCAAAGCAGAUUCUGCUAAUGUCUUGGCUGAAUUGAAAAAAUCAUCACAUGACUUGGUAAGUAUCACCGAGUGAAAAUUGUUUGUUAGAAUGCAAGGGUAAAAUGGUCAUUUACUCUCACUCUGAUGAUUUUAUUCAGUCUAGAAAAGAAACAAGCAUUUUGUAUGCAACACUUUUGUCUACAGGACUUAAUGGAGAAAAAAAAAGAAACAAACUCUUAGUUUCUUUUAUUUAAUUUUCCAAUUUCAUAUUAGAGUUUUAAUCUCAAAACUAGCUUUGAUUCUUGUUCCAACAAAGAACAAGGAAAGAUAUGAGUCGGUUUCACCAGAUGAAACUGAAGUUGUGAGCUAUAGGUAACAAGAAAUACCAAUGUACUCUCAUUCAUUUGCUUCUUAUAGCAUCCUACUUUUUUUUUCAAAGAUCAUGACCUCUGUAUUGGAGGUGACUGCUUUGAAAUGUUGUUGCAGACUUCUGUUGUUGUUAAAGUGAUUCCAUAUGUGGAGGUUGUGAAGCUUUUUUAUUUUUACUAAAUUACAACUUUGGUCCCUGUGGUUUACUGUAUUUUUCGGUUUUGGUCUAGGUUCUGUUUUUUGUAUCAGUUUGUUGCCAAUAUAGAUCAUGGUUGUUUGAUUCAACUCUCAGUUUAGCUUUUUCAAAAUGACCACUUUGCCCUUGGACCAAACCUGGAAAAUAGUUUGAUACAGGGAACAAAUUUGUAAAAUUUUAAACUUUUUAUUUGAAGCCAUUUAGCUAAAAAAAUCAACUUCAGAUAUCAGGUAUUUGCCAGGGUGGCUCCAGAGCAAAGAGAGUUAAUAAUGACAACUUUUAAAUCAUCCGGGAGAGUAACUUGGAAGUGUGGUGAUGACACUAAUGAUGUUGGAGCUUUGAAACAGGUAAUGCAAGAAAUAGCAAUUUACUUUCAUAGUUUUGUUUUUGGAUGUUUUUUAAAUGAUACUUUGGUAAACUUUUAUAGUUUUGGUAUUGUAAUGUUUGGUUGUAUCAUUAUUUGAUGUUUUCAGUAUAAUAAUUUGAUGAUUGUAGUA